AUGGCCUUCUCCUUUGGCUUUUCAGGCGAUGACAUUGACACUGGUGAUGAGAUCAGCCCGUCACAGCCGCAGGCCCCUCCCCCGCCGGCCCCAAGCGCCUUUCCCAUCCCCGGCAAACCCCAGCUGCCACCAACUCUCGAGCCCCUUACCUCUUUGAUAAGUCGGCUGCCCUCCAAAAUUGCCUUUAGCUGUCUAGAUGUGGCCCUGGAUGACGGCAAGACCGUUAUGCAGGUCCCCCGCCGAGAGUUGUGGGACGUGAGAGUCCAGCUCAUGGCGGAGGACGAGGGUGGUGAUGGCCCCGAGGGUCUGGGCCAGCAUGAUGUCAAGUCUGGUGUUUAUGAGGGAGGGUUUAAAAGUUGGGAAAGCAGUGUAGAUUUGGUCAAAGUCCUGGCUGCGACUGAUGACCUUUAUGGCCCAGAGGGCAAGCCAGUUCGAGUAAUCGAGCUUGGAUGUGGAACGGCAUUACCGUCCCUCGCCCUGUUCCAGUGGUCGAUCCAGAACCAGGGGAAAUCCGGCUCCAGGCCUUUCUCAUUCAUCGCAGCAGACUAUAACCCAACAGUCCUCCAGCUGGUUACUCUACCCAAUUUCAUUCUCGCCUGGGCUCUCGCCGUGCAAUCUAGCAACCCUUUGGUCAAAGAGGCCUUCACCGAGGACGGCGAAUUGGAGCUCACUCCAGAGCUCCUCGAGGCUUUCCAGAGCUCACUCCUUAAAUCCAACAUCAGCCUAUCAUUCCUUUCAGGGGCUUGGUCGCCGCAGUUUGUCGACUUGACGUACGAGGCUGCUCUUGCCUCUGGCGCCCCAUCAACCACCCUGAUUCUUGGGUCUGAGACUAUAUAUUCCCCAUUCGCUCUCCAGGCUUUUACAGAGACCAUUUUCUCUAUCCUUGAACGGGAGCGAGGUGUACCGGAAUCAGCUGCAGUUGCUCUUGUAGCAGCUAAACGCCUGUAUUUUGGGGUCGGUGGAUCGCUGGACGAUUUCAUAGAGAACGCUACGGCAAGAGGAGGUGCCAUUACGCAGCUACGAGAAGAGACGGAGGGUGUGAGAAGGGGCGUAGUACGCUGUGCUCUUGGAUCCUAG